AUGGCUACCUACGACUACAUCAUCGUCGGCGGCGGCUUAGCCGGCUCGACUCUCGCCGGCCGCCUAUCCGAACUCCAUCCCUCCCGAACCAUCCUCCUCCUGGAAGCCGGCCCCAAUGUCGUGGGCCAUCCCCUGACGAGUGCGCCGCUGGCCUGCUUCGGUGCACACUUCAGCCCGCUGGACUGGGCCUACACCACGGUGCCGCAGACGCACCUGGACGGGCGCACCUGCUACAACAGUGCCGGCAAAGCCCUGGGCGGCGGCACCGCCAUCAACUACGGCACGUGGACGCGCGGCAGCGCCGCCAAAUACGACCUGCUGGCGCGCAUGGUCGACGACGAGGGCUGGAGCUACCAAAGCCUGCUGCCGUACUUCCAGCGGGCCGAGACGCACUGGGACCGCCACGCCGACCCUGCCGUCCACGGGCGGGCCGGCCCCAUCCACAACGCCACCGUCUCCUCCAGCAGCCCCGACCGGACUUACCCGCUGCGCGAGCCGGUGCGCGCUGCCUGGGCCCAGCUGGGCGUCGGCCCUGUGGCUCUGGGGGACGCCAACGCCGGCCAUCCGCUGGGUCUGGCCGAGCUGACGGAGAACUGGCGCGCGGGCCGCCGCCAGAUCGCCAGCGAAGCGUACGGGGUCACGCGGCGGGCCAACAUCACCGUCCGGACGAACACGUUGGUCAAGCGGGUGCUGCUCUCGGACAGUCUCAGCCCUAACUCCCCUUCUUCCCGGGGCAGCAGCAGCAGCAGCAGCAAAACUGCCGUCGGCGUCGAACUCCCCGACGGCACGACCUUCCACGCCAGGCGCGAGGUCAUCCUCUCCGCCGGGGGCUACCGCACCCCGCAGCUCCUGAUGCUGUCAGGCAUCGGCCCGCGGGAGCACCUCCAGCACCACGGCAUUUCCGUCGCGGUUGACUCCCCCGAAGUCGGCCGCAACUUCCACGACCACUUCGCCUUCAACCAGUGGUGGCAGCUGCGGCACCCGGAGCAGGGCCUCUCGGCGGGGACCCCGGCGUGGCAGAGUCCCGCCUACGGCCUGGGUCUCCCGUGCGACUGGGUCGCGACUCUCCAAGCGCCGCCCGACGCCCUCCGCGCCGCAUUGCAAGCCGACGGCGUCACCAGCCCCACUGACCUCGAGCAUCACCCCUAUCUGUCCAAAGACUUCGACCACCUCGAAACACUCGUCGUCUACGCGCCCGCCGGCGCCGCCGUCUCCGGCGUGGACGUCCCCAUUGACGGCUCGCAUAUCGCGACCGCCGUGCUGGGCAUCGCGCCCUCCUCCCGCGGAACCAUCACCCUCGCCUCGGCGGACCCCGCCGCUGCGCCCGUUAUUGAUCCGAAUUACUACGCCACGGAGGUGGAUCGCGUCACGCUGCGCGCGGGGAUCCGGCAGGUGAAUCGGUUGAUGCUGGAUACGCCGCCGGGGAAAGAGAUGGUGGUGGGGGAGGUCGUGAGGCCGGGGUUGCUGCGGCCGCUGGGGGUCGAUGCCUCGGAUGCGGAAAUCGAUGAGGCUGUUCGGAAGGGCGGUAUGACGUUCUAUCAUCCGGCGGGGUCGGCGGCGAUGGGGAAGGUGGUCGAUUCGGAGUUGAGGGUGUGUGGGGUGCGCGGGCUGAGGGUCGUUGAUGCGAGCGUUUUGCCGUUGUCGGUGGCGGGGCAUUAUCAGGUUGCGUUGUAUGCUAUUGCGGAGCGGGCGGCGGAGUUGGUUGCCGGGGUUGUGGGGUAG